CUCCCGGGACCAGCGGGACCGGCGUGCCGGGUUCUCCCUCCGCUCCUAGGUCAUGGGAGCCCCAAGUCAGGCCACCACCUGGGGCAGGGCCCUCUGGGCUCUCCUCCUGGCCACACUGGGGUCCGCGGCGAGCCAGCCGCUGGGGGCGGAGUCUGUCUGCACAGCCCGACCGCUGGCCAAGUACAGCCUCACCUUCACGGGCAAGUGGAGCCAGACGGCCUUCCCCAAGCAGUACCCCCUGUUCCGGCCCCCCGCACAGUGGUCGUCCCUGCUGGGGGCGGCGCACAGCUCGGACUACAGCAUGUGGAGAAAGAACCAGUACGUGAGCGACGGGCUGAGGGACUUCGCCGAGCGGGGCGAGGCCUGGGCGCUGAUGCGGGAGCUGGAGGCGGCGGGAGAGAAGCUGCAGAGCGUGCACGAGGUGUUCUCGGCGCCCGCCGUGCCCAGCGGCACCGGGCACACGUCCGCCGAGCUGGAGGCCCACGCCAGGCACUCGCUGGUUUCCUUCGUGGUCCGAAUCGUGCCCAGCCCCGACUGGUUCGUGGGCGUGGACAGUCUGGACCUGUGUGACGGGGACCGCUGGAGGGAGCAGGUCGAGGUCGACCUGUACCCCUACGACGCUGGCACGGACAGCGGCUUCACCUUCUCCUCCCCCAACUUCGCCACCAUCCCGCAGGACACGGUGACGGAGAUAACCUCCUCCUCUCCCAGCCACCCGGCAAACUCCUUCUACUACCCCCGGCUGAAGUCCCUGCCCCCCAUCGCCAGAGUGACCCUGGUGCGACUCCGGCAGAACCCCAGGACCUUCGUGCUGCCCCCCCCAGGCCCGCUGGGCGGGGGCAAUGAGAUCACGGACAGCCUCUCAGGUCCAGAAACGCCGCUGGACUGCGAAGUCUCCUUGUGGUCGUCCUGGGGGCUGUGUGGGGGUCCCUGCGGGAAGCUGGGGGCCAAGAGCAGGACUCGCUACGUCCGCGUGCAGCCUGCCAACCACGGGACGCCCUGCCCCGAGCUGGAGGAGGAGGCGGAGUGUGUCCCCGACAACUGCGUCUGAGACCAGAGCCCCGGGCCCCUCGACCCCACGUGGUGGCCCAGCCUGGUUGUGCAGCGGGCCAGGCGGGGCUUCGUCCACCACCCCUCUGAGCUCCACCGCUGACACACGUGCCUCGGGCUGCUGGAGCAGGACUGCGGGAGAGGCGCCUCCUUUCCGCAAGCUUUCCUCUCGGGCGCCCGGUCCUGAGGUCCCCUCUCGUGGGUGAGUCUCUGCUGUAAACCGUGUCCUGCCCUGUUCACCAUAGUUCAAGGCCAUCUUGCUCGCAGACGACUUGUACAUGGUGCCCGCUGGGCCACCUGCAGGAGAGCCACGCACCCCAGGCCCAGAGCCCCAAGCCACACGUGCAUGACAUACCUCGGACCUGCCCUCCCAGGCGCCCACACCCCUGCCUGCCCCUCUCAGCCAGGCUGCCUCGGCAGGCCACGCAGGUCAGGUGCAUAAAGGAGAGCAGGCGCUGACCCCUCACCUUGGCGUUGUCGUAUGACCGAUCUCCCUGCACUUGAAUAAAGACUGUUUCAUGACCGCA